AUGGUCGGAGUCCCCCACAGCACAGGAUGCCCUCUCUGCCGUGAGCGUCGCAUCAAGUGCGACAAAGCAACCCCCUCCUGCACCCAGUGUCGCAAAUACGGCCGUCCCUGUCCAGGAUACACACGAACAUUCCGAUUCCAAGACGAAGGACCGGGUCUGGAGCGUCGACACGCUUCGUCUGCAUCCACCACCAGCGAACAGAACAGACCUACCUCGAACGCAGCAUCAGACGCCGCAGCAGCAGCGGCAGCCGUUGUCCGCGACAACGCGCUGGCCAUGAUGCAUCGAGAGCAAGUGCACGCGCAACAGACGCAGCCCCAAGCACCAUCAAACAUUGAAGAUUUCAGCUUCGGUUUCAAUUCCGGCUUCGACGCUUCCCUAUCCCAUAGCAUGCAAGCGACGCAUCCCGUGGCGGACAUCAACACCCUAAUCCGCACCAUCUUCCACACUCACUACCACCACAACCUCUUCCGCUUAUCCCCCGAAACCAUCACCUCAACCCACCCAGAAGAAUCCAGAUACCAAUUCCAAGCCGCCUCCACCGCAUGCCUCAUCUCCAUCUACUCGGCACACGCAUCUAACGACCCCUCAAGACUCAAAACCAGCCGCUAUCUCUACGCGCAGGCCCUCCGCGAGGUCGUGGCAGGCCUGUACAGCGAGGCAGCGCUCAGCGCGGACAUGUUAAGCGCGAUCAUGAACUUGGCGCUGUUUGAAAUGUUUGCGCGGACGAGCCCCGGGGCGUGGGCGGUUCAUGUGGACGGGGUGAGACGGUUGAUGAGAAGUCGAGGGGCAGAGGGACAUAUGGGGGGACUGGCGAAGGGGAACUUUUUAUUGUUUAGGGGUUUUCUGGUCUUAGCGGCUUUCGAGCAAGAGGGGAGGUGUUUUUUGGAGGAAGAGGAGUGGAGGGCAUUGGGGUGGGGCGUUGCGAGGGAGGAUUUGGCCAGGGGAGCAGGAGGGAUGGCGAGGUGGGUGGAUGUUGAGGAGAGGGUGUUUGGGGAAGUGGUGAGGUUGCCCGGGUUGGUGGGUGAGGCGAGACAGGUGGGAAGGGGAGGAGAAGGGGAGAGAUUGGGGAGGGAGAUAAGACGGGUAAGGCAGAGGUUGGUGCAGUUGGGGACGGAGUUGCAAGCCGGCAUGGAGGCGCAGACGCCCCGGGUUAGGGUUGCGGGCGUCACGAUGCCGGAUCGCGCGCCCUGGUUGCUGCUGCAGGGCGUGGAGAGUGCUGUGGCGCUGCUGGACGGAUUGCUGGCACGACGGCGCAGCGAUGGCCGGUUCAGGCCCUUUCGCGUGGCGUGUGCGUUGAACGAGGGCCCGGCUGCGAUGCCGCACAUCGAAGGCAUCACUUGGCUGGACCAGGUGGCUUCGUCUUUUGGGAUGAUCGGGGUCAUGGUGGUGGAUGGUCAGUGA